AUGAACUGGGAAGAGAUGCUGCAGUUCCACAAGGAAUCGGGAUAUCGGUACCAGGUGCUGGAGCUCAUCCCCGACGUUGACAGUAGGAUGGGCAUCAAAGCCAAGAGCACGCCGACCGCCGCCUCGUCAGCCGCCGACGGGAACCUGGACCAUGUGCACAAGAUCUUCUUCUCAAGCUGGAAUCGAACCGUCCUGGAGAAGCUGGAGCAGGUGCUUCAGGAACGCUACGGCAACGACUUGACAGUGAGCUUCUCAGCGCCUCACAAUGUCGAUAUCACCGCCAAAGGGGUGACAAAGGCGUGGGCCCUGGAGCGUCUCUACGCGCAAAUGGCGCCCUUGCCGCACGAGACAGCGUCGACGGCGACGCCGGCGCAGCGGCUGAAGGCCACCGUCGCGUUCGGCGAUGACCUCAAUGAUGCCGCGAUGCUGAGUAGCGUGGGCCGCGGCUUCAUAAUGGGCAACUGCAGCCUGAAGCUUCGGCAGCAAUGCCCGGAGCUGGAGGUGAUUCAGACUAACGCCGAGGACGCUGUCGCCCGCAAGCUACGCGAGGUAUUCCGCUUGGAAUAG